AAAAUGCAAAUAAGGCACAGCUGUGCAGAGAGAGUGAGAAAGAACGAUAGAGGAAGUGUUAAUGUACUUAAACUGUUAAGAUCACAGUGAUGCAGUACCCAAUGUAACCCUCUGCUGUGAAGACUAUUAUGUGAUGUUUCAUACAGAAGCUAACGGAGAGCAUCAAGAAUAUCAGCAGUCAUGGCACACAGUGUGGGCUCUAAGGUCAACAUUUCUCAAACGGACUCAGACUAUGAGAACUUGGGAGAAGAUGAACCAAGUCAGGAUUCAACAACCAGCACCCAGAGGUGUCCUGAAACCAUACAGAUGGACGAUUUCAGGGAAUGCACAGACACUUCAUCAACUGCGACGAGCCACACAAGAGAGGAGUCGGCUUCCAUGAUGCAAACAAGCUCUCUGCAGAGGCACUGCUGGUCAGCUGCGACCCUAAAAGUUCUCUCCUCCAUGCCCAGUCGCACUGCCGGACCUAGCAGUGCUGCAGUUAUUUCCCAGAAUGCCAGAAACUCAUCUCAGCUGCACAGACAUCGAACCACCUUCCAAGAUUCCUCUCAGCCCUCCAGAACUAUCCAGGAUAACUUUGUCCUCACAGACAUGGAGGAAAUAUGUGCUGAAGAAAACAGGAUGGAGGAGGUGGCGUCUAACCUUAGAGACCUUUCAGUUAAUGACCGGAUUCGCAAGCUGCGAGCUAUGCCACUUAGCCUGACAGAUAAGAUGGAAGUCAGGCGUCUUGCUUUCCAUGACAUUGCUGAAAGUUCACUCUUAAGCAGAAAUAUUCCAUGCUACAGUCGUCUGCGUGUGUACGUUUCCAGGACUUGGCGCAGCUGCUGGUUCAGCUGCCUCCCUGUCCUCGCUUCCCUUCAGUUGUGGCAUUCACCCAUGAAGAAGCUGAGUGGACGUUUUGGAACCGGAGUCCUCUCCUACUUCUUGUUUCUACGUACCCUUCUGCUCUUCAACCUCCUCCUCUUCAUCAUCAAUGGCCUGUUCCUGGUCUUCCCUCAAGCAGUCAACCCUCCCUCUCCUUCUUCUCUUUAUGACUCCCAUGUCAGCACUUUCACUGGUCUCGAGCUUCUUGCAGGAACGGGUUUCCUCACUCAGAGUUUGAUGUUUUAUGGUUACUACACCAACACCUUUAUGCACACCUGUCAAGUUGUUGAUCCAAGCAGCCGCUCCCCUGCUGAAUCUCCUAACCUGCCAGUCUGUGAUACAGAUGAACCUCAGAUAGUGCUGUACAGCAUCCCUGCUGCCUACUUCUUCACCAUCCCCAUCGCCUUCUUCAUCAUCUGCAUCAUCCUAGUGUACAGUGUGUCAAAGUCCUUCAGUAGGAGUUUUCAAGUCCUCAAGUCCAGUGGCAAUCUGGCUGUGAAAGUUUUCUGCUCCUGGGACUUUAAAGUCAGCAAGAAGACGUCUGUGGGACUGCAGUCUGAGAAAAUCAGCACUGAGCUCAAAGAGCUGUUGUCUGAAAUGAUCAGUGGAGAAGAUGAGAAGAGCUGCACGCAGCGACUUUGCGGCUUCAUAGUGCAUCUGUUAGUGUGGACAUCAUCUCUGGUCAGCAUUUUUCUGGGCACCAUGGCAGUCCAUUUCCUGUCAGAGAGCGGCAUAAAGCAGAGGAAUUUUAAAGAGACUGAGCUGCUGCUCCUGUCUGCAGUGGUGUCUGGUGUUAACCUCUUGCUCCCUGGCUUCUUCAACUUGUGUGCAUGGAUAGAGAAGCAUGACUCACCUGGUGUACGAGUCUAUGUCUCCAUCUUCAGGAACCUGCUGCUGAAGGUCAGUAUUGUUGCCGUGCUUUGUUUCCGUUGGCUGGGCAGAAUUGCGGUAGAACCAGAAAGUCUUGGUUUACAGUGUUGGGAGGACUUUGUGGGCCAGGAGCUGUAUCGCCUGCUCCUCAUGGACUUUGUCUUCACUGUGCUUCAAACAUUUUUGGGAGAAUUUCUGUGGAGGCUCUUCUCUAAGUGGGUGCUGGAAAGGAACAGGAAGCCGGUGUUUGACAUUGCUCGUAAUGUGCUCGAGCUCAUAUACGGUCAAAGUCUCACUUGGCUUGGUGUUCUGUUCGCUCCACUCCUCCCAGCAGUCCAGAUCAUAAAACUGUUUGUUCUGUUUUACAUGAAGAAGAGCAGUCUUCUCCUCAACUGCCAGGCCUCCAGAAAGCCCUGGAGGGCCAGCCAGAUGACAACUCUGUUCAUCUUUCUUUUGUGCUUCCCCUCAUUUCUCGGAGCUGCCGCGUCUGUCACUUAUGCAAUUUGGACGACUAAACCCUCGUCAGCAUGCGGCCCUUUCAGGAAUCUCACCACCAUGUUUGAGUCGGGGCACCGGUGGGCUCAGGAGCUGAAAGACUCCCACCCCAUCCUGUCGUGGCUCAGCUGGGCCUACAACACUCUGCUGGAGAACCCGCUGGUCUUAUUCCUUGCUACAGGAGUAUUUCUAAUGGUGAUUUACUUUCAAGCUCAAGUUGUUGACGGGCAGAAGAAAAUCAUCAGACAGUUAGAAAAGCAAAUUGCAAAUGAGGGUCUGGAUAAAAAGUUCCUCGUCACCAAUCUGCAAAAUCUUCAUGAACGCAGCAGUCUAGUUUCCCCUCGUAGUUAAGUCUGGCUGAACAGCAUUUACAACAUACCAGAACAACUUGCAGAUAUUGUCUCGUCAGUGACAGGCAUCUUCACUUUGAUAUGUUGAGCUAAAUUGGCUGAAAACCUUCAGAAAUGACAUUUAACGAACUUAACCAAUCACUGUAAAGUAUUGUUUUCAUAUACUGUAUAUUGUAGGAUAUUUGGUGAGUACUGAAUAAGGAUUAAUGUAGUGUGUCUGAUUUAUUGUGAUGUGGAAAUGACUAUUUAUUCAAACAUAGAGCUCUUAAGUUUAGUCAGGAAAUGUAUUUUAUGUGCUGAUAUUUUUAUGAAUAAUUUUUUGAUGUAUGAUCUUGAAUCUUUUGAGACAAAAAUAAAUCUGUGAUGGACUGA